UUAGACACUCACUUAGACACUCACUUAGACACUCACUUAGACACUCACUUAGACACUUAGACACUCACUUAGACACUCACUCAGCUCCCCUCACCGCUCUCCCUCCACUCACCCCCGACUUCCGCAAAGCCCUGGACACGGCCUGUGUCCGCUGCUUCCGUGACUUCACUCCGUCUGUACAGGAGGACGAAGGCCGUGCAGCCAUCCUGGCUGGCAUCGAGAGAUUUGUCCGCAGGGAAUACGACAGACGUGCACGUCUCUGUCUCUUUGGCUCAUCCCGUAAUGGGUUCGGCUUCCAGGAGAGUGACCUGGACAUCUGCAUGACUCUAGAAGGUCACGACACUGCCGAGGAGUUGAACUGCAAGGAGAUCAUUGAGGAGCUGUCUCGUGUGCUGAGACGUCACCCCGGCCUCCGUAACAUCCUCCCCAUCACCACUGCGAAGGUUCCCAUCGUCAAGUUUGAACAUCGCAGCACUGCCCUGGAGGGAGACAUCAGCCUCUACAACACACUCGCUCAGCACAACACCAGGAUGCUGGCGACCUACGCACAGCUUGACCCUCGCGUCCAGAUCCUCGGAUACACCCUCAAGGUGUUCGCCAAGGUGUGUGACAUUGGCGAUGCUUCCCGUGGAUCUCUCUCCUCCUACGGCUACAUUCUGAUGCUGCUCUACUUCCUGCAGCAGCGUCAGCCGCCAGUAGUCCCUGUCCUGCAACAGCUGUACGAGGGAGCUGAUCAGGGCAAGCCGCCUCCAGUGGUCUCUGUGGACGGCUGGAACGCUUACUACUUUAGUGACAUCAAACAGCUGGUAACUAUCACUAACUAGCACUAUAACUAGUACUAACUAUAACUAGUACUAACUAUCACUAUCUAUCACUAUCACUAACUAUCACUAUCACUAACUACUACUUUAGUGACAUCAAACAGCUGGUAACUAUCACUAACUAGCACUAUAACUAGUACUAACU